CGGCCAACUGCGAUCGCGACGAAAUGUCCCGCGUAGUCCUAUUAUCGCUAGGUAACCGUGAAAGAUCAGCUGUUGUUACCUUCGAUCAGUGAGUGCUGGAAAAACUCCACGUGGGACUCAGUUGCUAGGAGACAGCCCGACAUCACAAGCAAACUGGCUCUUCCGAGUGGUAGUGCUUCGCCCCCGGUCCUGUGGGCUUCGCGUCGGAAAACAGAUUCCGCGAGGAAAUGAACCUGAAGCGAGGCCACUUGUGCGAUAAUUCAAAAAAGUGGAAGGGCAGUUAAGCCUCAAGACGGCGUCGUCAAAUUUCAUCCAGAAGAAGAACCGGAAGAGGCUGAAACUGCAGCUGUUCCGGCCUGACGUUAAAGAACAGUGGGCGGUGAAUAAACAGAGGAAAAAGAACGGCACCGUUCUGGGGAAAGUCAGUGGCGUAGCGGUGACGUUGAAACAGUGGUGGCGCGAUGUGGGGCUGUGCCCCAGGGCAGCCCCCUCGACGGUAGGCGGCCCCCUCGCCGCGAGGCAUCGCUGCUGUCACAAUAAGAGGGGGGCCAAUCGAUCCAUGGGACAGGCCUUCAGCAUGUGUAAACUCAAUCAUUGCCGACAUAAGAAAAGCUUGCAUUUGCGCAGUGGCGGCGACGACUGUCGGAUGCCGGCAGAGGGGGGCGUCCCCAGCUCGGAUUUUGUACACCGAGAUCGACCCCAUCAAAGAAAUAUCAACCAUGCAGGCCAUGGGGGCCACUGCUAUGACCCUGAAUACGCCCGGAUGGAAUCAUGGCUCGACGAACAUCCCGAUUUUGUCCAAGACUAUUUUCUCAGGAAAGCUACCAGACAAGUGGUGGAUUCGUGGUUGGUAUCGCACGCGACGCCGACGUCGUCGAGCGUCGAAUUGGCGUCGCCUACACACAAUCAGUCCAGGGCCGGAUCGGGCGCCACGACGCCCGUCAGGAAGAUAUCAGCGCAUGAGUUUGAAAGAGGAGGACUUCUUAAACCGAUGAUAAGCACCAUUGAUGGACAACCGACUUUUUUAACGGGGUCGGCGGAAAAUCAAGUUAGCGGGGGGAAUAACAGCCCCACGCCGGGGAGGAGGCAGAGGAGGUCCAGGCACGAAUUGAGGCAUUUGGACGAAAAAGAACUGAUUUUUGAACUGGUCAAGGACAUCUGCAACGAGUUGGAAGUCCGUUCCUUGUGCCACAAAAUCCUCCAGAACGUCUCCACGUUGCUGCAUGCCGAUCGAGGCUCCCUUUUUCUCGUCCAAGGCGAGAAAGGGGGUGGAUGCACGCCUCUGCCACCAGGACAGACGCCUCGUGGACGAUGUCUCGUCUCAAAAUUAUUCGACGUUUGCUCGAGAAGCACACUCACUGAAAUGGAGAAAAAAGAGGAAAUUCGGAUACCCUGGGGCACGGGAAUCGUCGGAUACGUCGCCGAGAGCGGCGAACCUGUGAACAUACCCGACGCCUACCAGGACGAUCGAUUCAACCACGAUAUUGACGCCUUGACGGGGUACAGGACCAAGACGCUGCUGUGUAUGCCCAUCAAGGACACCAAUGGGGAUGUCAUUGGUGUAGCACAAGUGAUAAACAAGGUGGGCGAUCAGCCCUUCAGCAAACAGGACGAAGAAGUGUUUGCCAGUUACCUCCAGUUUUGCGGAAUCGGCCUCCGCAAUGCCCAUCUCUACGAAAAAUCCCAAUUAGAAGUAAAACGGAAUCAGGUUCUUCUAGAUUUGGCCCGUAUGAUUUUCGAAGAGCAAAGUACCAUUGAACACGUCGUUUUCAGGAUACUGACGCACACGCAAAGUCUGAUACAGUGCCAGAGGGUGCAGGUCCUCCUGGUCCACCAAGGCUCUAAAAUAAGUUUUUCCCGCGUUUUCGACUUCGAAGCAAACGAUCUCAGCGGUGAGGAAAGCGAGUCGCGGACCAGCCCUUUCGAGAGCCGAUUUCCCAUCAACGUGGGAAUCACCGGUUACGUGGCCACGACUGGAGAAACGGUUAAUAUACCACUGGCCGAGGAGGACGACCGUUUUGACCCCAGCGUCGACGAAGGCACCUCUUUCAAGCACAAAACCAUCCUUUGCAUGCCGAUCAAAAACUCCCUAGGGCAGAUCAUCGGAGUUAUCCAAUUAAUAAACAAAUUCAACGAUCUGCCUUUUACUAAAAACGACGAGAAUUUUGUUGAAGCUUUUGCGAUUUUUUGCGGCAUGGGGAUUCACAAUACACAUAUGUAUGAGAAGGCGGUGGUGGCCAUUGCGAAACAUAGUGUCACUCUGGAGGUGUUGUCCUAUCAUGCGACGGCGAGUAUGGAGGAUGCACAGAGGCUAAGGAGUUUGAGGGUGCCAUCGGCGGCCCAUUUCAGGCUACACGACUUCGCCUUCGACGAUAUCAACAUGAACGAUGAUGAGACUCUCACUGCCUGUAUUAGAAUGUUCCUCGAUUUGGAUCUAGUCGAACGCUUCCACAUAGAUUACGAAAUAUUAUGUAGGUGGUUGUUAUCAGUGAAAAAAAAUUACAGGAAUGUUACUUAUCAUAAUUGGAGGCAUGCCUUUAACGUCGCACAAAUGAUGUUUUCUAUAUUGACGGCGACCCAAUGGUGGAACAUUUUCGGCGAAAUCGAGUGUUUGGCCUUGAUGAUCGCCUGCUUGUGUCACGACCUGGACCAUCGAGGCACCAACAAUUCGUUUCAAAUCAAAGCCUCCUCUCCUCUCGCCCAAUUAUACUCAACAUCGACAAUGGAACACCACCAUUUCGAUCAAUGCAUAAUGAUUCUGAACUCUCCCGGUAAUCAAUUGUUAUCAAAUAUAUCAUCAGAAGAGUACUCGCGAGUGAUUCGAGUCCUCGAAGAGGCCAUUCUCUCCACCGAUUUGGCCGUCUACUUCAGGAAAAGAGGCGCUUUUUUCAGCGCGAUCCGAGACAGCAGGCCGUGCUGGAGUUUGGACGAACAUCGCGAAUUGUUAAGAGCAAUGCUGAUGACAGUUUGCGACUUGGCGGCCAUCACGAAACCCUGGGAGGUUGAAAAAAGGGUGGCCGAGUUGGUGUCGUCGGAAUUUUUCGAACAGGGUGAUAUCGAACGAGAGGAACUCAAUAUUACUCCCAUUGACAUAAUGAACAGGGAAAAAGAGGACCAAUUACCCCUAAUGCAAGUAGGAUUCAUUGAUUCGAUUUGUUUGCCGAUUUACGAGGCGUUUUCGCGACUUUCCCCUCAAUUGGAGCCGUUGGUGGACGGCGUGAGGAAGAAUCGAGUCAAGUGGCUUGAGAUCGCAGCAGCACAAAGUCUCAUCCCUUCUGAGGAAGAGCGCGAUUCGAACGAUAACCUCUCCAAGCCGAACACGCCCGAAUCGAAUCCGAACGCCCCCCAAAUAAGCGAUUAGUAAAUUGUAGUUAUUGUAAAUAAUUCCCGAAGACUAUUUAUUGUAGUUUGUAUAAUUUGAAAGACUUAAUAAUGACGACCACGGUGUUUUAA